AUGAUUGAGUGGACAACUCUGGCCGAAGAUGGGCAAAUGCAUGUUUUCAGGAGUAACGGCUAUGUUCCCUUUAAGUCUACGGGAGAAGGGAAGAGGAUCCAGUGUUCAUUCAAGAAUAACCAAGUGCAAUUCGAAGGAGAGGAUAGCACAAACAUGUCUUUCACAUGGCAGUCAGCUAUCUCGGAAGCGAUUUCGCGCGACCCUCUGAUUGGUAUGGUCUGGCUUGUUAAGGUCACGUUGUUUGCUGCGCUCGAUGCCGAUGCGAAGACUCAGAAGCUCCGCACAGUGCAUUGCAAAUGGGAGGAAGCUUCGGCCAGAGCUCAAAAGAAAAAGUCAAAGAUCACGUCCGGGGCCAACAACACCCCCGACCACUGUGGCAAAUCUACGGAAGCGGAGAGAAACAAUAUUACGAUCUCUGGAGGAGGUUCCGGUCAUCACUUGAUUGAGGAAUACCAGGAGACGCUGAGUAGGCUGCAGAAUUUGGGGGACAAACAUCUGAAACAAGCCAAGCAGAAGAAGCAGUGA